AUGGGCCGCAGCAGGGCCGAGACAGCGAGGCGAAGCGCAGGGCCCCGGCCAGCCCGCCCCGGCCACGACCCCCGCCCUGCAACCGGGGGAGCCGCACGGGAGCCGAGGGGGCCGGGACAGCCACGGGGGCAGGCGAGGAUCGGGAGUAGCAGCAGUGGCAGCAGCCAGGUGGCCCGGGUCCGGGCCUCAACCCCGCAGCCACCAGGGAGGCCCAGGAGUCUGGGGGGCCGGGCGGGGGUAGUGGCCGACAAGGGGGUCCCAGACAAUGCGGGGCUGGGGUCGAGCACGGCCGGACCCCAGCCAGACAAGCAGGAAACCUGCGGCAAUGGGCCGGGCGAGGCUGUAGGCGCCGGCCGGGCAGCGGAGGGCUUGGGCAGCCCAGGGGAGGGCGAGCCCCGCGGGGCCCGGGGAAGGAGCAGUGACCGUGGAGACGCCUCAGACGGGGAGAGCCGGGAGGGGGGCGGCGUCGAGGCGGGAGGGCCCGGGAGAGGGACCGGAGCAGCCCGGGCCCCAGAGCCCCGUGGCACGGAGCAGGGGGCAGGUCCUUGCUCCCAACCCAGGCCGGAGGGGCCUGAGCCCCGGCUCGCCCCUCCGUUAACUGCUCUCUUGGCCAUCCGGAGGCUCCGGCAGCGAAGGCCUGGCCGGAGCCCCGAGUCCAAAUCUGAACCCAGAACCAAGCCCAGCACCGAGUCCAGCCCCGCCGCCCCACCACGCGUUGGGCUGAAGGAGCGGCUUCUGCGGGCAGCCCGGACCCUAGGCAUCGCCGCCUGGUUCCUGAAGAGGCUUGGGGCCCGCCAGAUUCGGCGGAGCGAGGUCCAUCGGCCGGGCCCGCGGCGCCUCCUGGCCCUGAGGAUGGCUGGAGCGGCCAGGCUGUCCGGCGGGCACCGGGCCACCGCCAAGGACUCCAGCCAGCCGACCUCCUCCCCGCCAGCAUCACCGCCGGCCACCGUGGAUGAUCCCUUUGGGGGUGACCCCAAGUUUGCCAUCGUGCUGCCCACGGUCCAGCGGGUGGGCGGGGUGGAGGGCGGUGGGGUCAGGCUACCCCCGGGGGAGCGCGGGAGGGUGGCGGCUGCGGCAGGACCGGCUGGGCUGCCCGGUGGCCUCCCGCGCCCAGAUGGCGACGGCGACUCGAGCAGCAGCCAAGGGCCGGAGGAGGCUGGGGCCGGGGCCGUGCACUGGGCGCAGAGACCCGACCCCGAUGGGGACCCCGGGAUUGGACUGGCCACGCUGCUCCCUCGCCUCCGCCUGGAGCCCGUCCAUGCAGGGCAGCUGAGGCCGGGGAAGAGGGCAGCUGGGCGGGCCGGGGGACUUUGGGAGACGGAGGACGAGGCCGAAGCAGCGCUGGAGCUGGACCUGGAGACCCGUGGGGAGGGCCUGGAGGAGCUGGAGGACCUGACCCACCUGGAGGAUGUGUGCGAGAGCGCCGUGCUGCUCUGCCUCAAGAGACGGUUCCACCGCCGCCGCCUCCACACUUCAGUGGGUCCUCUCCUGCUGUCCAUGAACCCCUACCAGACCCUGCCAGCCGAGACCGCAGCACCCCAUCCGGGAGCACCCCCCAAUGCUGCCCCGUAUGUGGAUACCCGCCCCCCCACCAGUCGCUUCCCCGCGUGGUUGGCGGCCCUCCUUCCGGGAGCUCAGACCCUCAGCCCUGGACACAUCUUUGCUGUGGCGGAGUCAGCGUGUGCCCUGGCCCAGAGCUCCGGACAGGAGUCUUGUAUCCUUAUCAGUGGGCCCAGCGGCUCAGGGAAGACUGAGGUGGCCAGAGAGAUUGUGAGGUUUCUUACCAGCCGGAGCCCGGGAUCAGAGGAAGCCAAGGCGUGCCAGCCUGGCGAGGUGCUGCCUGUGAUGAACAGCUUUGGCCAUGCCAAGACGGGGCUCAAUGCCAACGCCAGCCGCUUUGGUCACGUUCUGCACCUCCACCUGCAGAGGGGAGUCGUGGUGGGGGCCUCCAUCUCUCACUAUCUCCUGGAGACGUCGCGGGUCGUGUUUCAGGCCCCAGGGGAGCGCAGUUUCCACGUCUUCUAUGAGCUUCUGGCCGGGCUGGACCCCCAGACCCUGGAGCAGCUGGGCCUGCAGGGGCCAGAGACCUGCCAUUACCUGAACCAGGGUGGGGCCUGCCUGCUGCCAGACAAGGAGGAAGACCGGGACUUUGAGGGGCUGGUGGGAGCCCUGCAGGCCCUGGGCCUGGCCCCCGACCAGCUGGGCGAGCUCUGGGCCCUGCUGGCCGCCCUCCUGCAGCUGGGCAACAUCUGCUUCUCCUCCUCCGAGAGGGAGUUGCAGGAAGGGGCGCGGGUGUCCGGCCUGGCAGAGAUCCACACGGCCGCCCGGCUGCUCGGGGUGCCUGCGGGGCCACUGGAGGGCGCCGUCACGCAGAGGGUCAUGGACACGCCCUAUGGCCGGGUCACCCGGCCCCUGACGGUAGAAUGUGCCAUAGAUGCCAGGGAUGCCCUGGCCAGGACUCUGUACUCCCGGCUCUUUGAUUGGCUGCUGCUGAGGACCAACGAGAGGCUGAAGCCCCUAGAGCCAGGCCUGGCCUUGGGCAUAGUUGACAUCUAUGGCUUUGAGGAUCUUGGCAUGAACAGCUUGGAGCAACUCUGCAUCAACCUGGCUAAUGAGCGGCUGCAAGUGUUCCUCACCCAGAGGCUGCUGGAGCAGGAGGAGGAAGAGUGUCAGCGAGAACAGCUGCCCUGGGCGGCCGGCUCCCAGGCUCCCAGAGACACGUGUGUGGAAUUGCUCUGUGCCCACCCCUACGGGAUCCUGCCGGUCCUAGAAGCGCAGACCCUGCUGGCCCAGGCCACUGACCAUACCUUCCUCCAGAAGUGUCACUAUCACCAUGGUGACAACCCCCACUACACCAAACCCCAAGGGCCCCUGCCAGCCUUCACCGUGCAGCAUUAUGCUGGGCCCGUCACCUACCAGGUUUGUAAAUUUCUGGUUAAAAACCGAGACCAGCUGGACCCUGCUGUCCUGGAGCUGCUGAGCCACAGCCGAAAGCAGCUGGUGAGCCGCCUGUUCCAGGAGCCUAGGACCCCACUGGGCCCCCUCGGCCGGACCUGCCCGGCCCAGACCCUGACCUUGCGCUUCCAGGAGUCCCUACAGGGGCUCGUGGCCUGGCUGGCCAGGUGGGUGCUGGGCGCUGGGCAGGAUUGGAGGGGUGGGGCCCUGGGCACGGGGCCCGCCGAUGUUUCCUUCCCCUCUGCCAUCAGGAGGCCCGUCAGCUUCAUCCGCUGCCUCAGCCCCAACCCCAGGAAGCUCCCUAACAUUUUUGACGUGGGGCAUGUGGCCCGCCAACUCCACCAUGGGGGCAUCCUGGAGGCUCUGAGUGCCCGCAGUGCCAACUUCCCAGUCCGCAUCCCCUUCCGGCCCUUUCUAACCCGGUUCCGGGCGCUGGGCCCCCCGAGGUGUUCCAAGGAGAAGGAGGAGAAGGAGGAGCGUGAUGAGUGUGGGGCUGUGUUGAACUGGGUGCUGGGGACCGGCUCUCCCUUCUGCCAUCUGGGGGUCACCAAGGUGCUGCUGCAGGUGCCAGGCUGGCUGCAGCUGGAGCAGAACUAUGCCCAGCAGCGGGCACAGGCACUGCUCACCCUGCAGCAGGGCCUCCGGGCCCACCUCGCCCGCCGGCGCCUCCGCCUCCUGCCCCGUGUCCAGGCCCAUGUCCGGGGGCUCCAGGCCAGGAGGCGUCGUCGGCAGCUCCGGGUGGCAUGGGGGCGGCUGGGCACCGUCUUGCUGGUGACCCGAUCCCUCGUACGGCGAUGGCGGCAGGUGAGAGAAGCAGGGUGGGGAUUUGGUCUGCUCCCCUUCUCUUGGGCCCAGGCCAAUGACCCCCUCUGUGCCUAGGACCUGGGGCGUCUGGAGAUUCCGGCGCAGCUGGGUGCUCUGCUGAGGAGGGCAGAAGGCCAACAGCAUGCCGAGCCUGGGAGCAUCACAGAGACGCUGCCCCCUGAGGUGCCAGCCCACGUUUCCCUGGCUCUGCCCCCCGACAUCGACAAGUUCCCCUUCUCCUCCUUCGUCUCCACACACUUCCAGGAGCCAACUCUGCCCUUCCCCGGGGAGCCCCUGGCCCGACCCCUGACACGGCUGGAGGGGCAGAGCUCCCAGCGGGCUCUGGAGAUCAACAAAGUGCUGCUGAGGCUGUUGGGAGAUGAGGAGCUCCAACCCUGGCAGGAGCUAGUCAUGGGCACCUACGUGGCCCAGCAGGGCCAGCGCCACCCGGACCUGCGCAACGAGAUUCUGAGCCAGCUGGCUGCCCAACUGUGGCACAACCCCAACACGCAGCAGUGCCAGCGCGGGUGGGCUUUCCUGACUGCUCUGCUCAGCGCCUUCCCUCCGGGACCCACCCUCCAGAAACCCCUGCUCAAGUUUGUGUCAGACCAGGGGCCUGAAGGCUAUGCCGCCACGUGCCAGCACAAGCUGCUGGGGGCCCUGGAGCAGAUCCGGCUGGAUCCCGGCACUACUCGUGCUCAACCCCCUACCAAGCUGGAGUGGACUGCUGGGCAGCGGCGAGGGCGAAUGGCACUUGAUGUCUUUACCUUCACCGAGGAGCGUUACUCAGCGGAGGUGGAAUCAUGGACGACGGGGGAGCAGUGGGCUGGCUGGGUUCUGCAAACUAGGGGCAUGGAGCAGGUCCCCAGGGGCUGGUCAGUGUCUCUGCACUCUGGGGACACCUGGCAGGACCUGCCUGGCUGUGACUUCGUGUUGGACCUGAUUGGGAUCACUGAGGCACUGGGGGACCCUUCCACCCCUGACAGCUACCCCAUAGCCUCCCCAAACGGGAUGUAUGAAGGCAUCCCGCCUGCCCCGAGUGUUCAGGCCCCUUCCCUGCCCCAGGGGCCUGCCCCCACUCUGCCGGGCAUGGGAUACCCAGGGGUCGCCCAGGGCCCAGGGAGCAUGGACGGUUUCCUGGAUAACCUCUUCAAACAUGUGCUGUCACCUGGCCCCUCUGACCUGGAGCAAGCCGAAUCCCUGGAGUUCCGCAUGAAGGGUGGUGGGGGCAUCAGGCCUGGCCAGGCAGGCUACCCCAUGGGCUACCCGGGGAUGCCAGCAUACCAGAUGCCAGGAUACCAGCCUAUGGUGGCGGGCAUGAUGCAGGCCCCAGUGCCCAUGAUGGGAGGAGUCCCCAUGAUGGGGGGGAUCCCCGCGAUGGGCGGGGUCCCCACCAUGCCAGGUAUGAUGGUGCCCCAGCUGCAGCCGGUGAUGCCACCCCCAGCAUUGGAUGCCCACCAGCUGGCGGCCCAGCAGCAGAGCUUCAUUAACCAGCAGGCCAUGAUCCUGGUGAGGGGCAGAAGUGGACAGGUGCUGGCACUGACUCAGGAGCAGCAGUGGCAGCAACAGCAGCAGCAGCACCUUCAGCCGGCGGUGGCAGGAAGAGUCCCCCAGGCCCCCGGGAUGAACCGGCGCGGGCCCCAGAACCGGCGCGGGCCCCGGAACCGGCGCGGGACCCGGAACCGGCAUGGGCCCCGGAGCCGACCCGGGCCCCAGAGCUGUGGAGCCCAGAGGCUAAUUUUCUGUCAGGAGGUGCAGGCGAGGCCCAAGAACGUUGGAACCUUCCAGAGGAGCUUCCAGCAGAAAAGGGAAUUCUUCCAGAAAAUGGCUUCUCCUCCCCGGGUCCCCCCGCCUGUGGCGAAGAAGCCCCAGCUGCCUCCCGAGGCCCUGCCUGGGCCCGUGGUCCGUGCGGCCAAGCCUGAGCAGCAGCGGCCUGAGCCCAGCCGGGAGAUCGGCAACAUCAUCCGCUCGUACCAGAGCCGUCCGGCGCCCAUGCCAGUGCCCGUGCAGCCCAACAGACCCCUCAAGCACUUUGUGAAGAAAAGCGACCCCAAGGACGAGGCCCUGGCCAAGCUGGGGAUCCACGGUGCCAGCCCCAUCCUCUCAGUGAGUCAACCGCCAGGCUGCCCCCCCACCCCUCUCGGGCACCCCCGGCUGGAGAAGCGGCCCUCCUUGUCCAACACCAUCAAGGAGAAGCAAGGGCCCCUUCUAGAGCUGUUUGCCCAGCGUGUGCACAGCCCGGAGACCCCACCGGCUCCCCCAGCUCCCCCGGGCAGAGCCAUUCUGGCCAUGGACUUUGGAGCUGAGAACCUGAUACUGGAAUUCCGCAUUCCCAGCAAGGGCUUGGCCGUGCUCAUGGCAGAGGAGACUGGCCACUCCCAGCUGCACCGCCCCUCGGGCAGCGUCUGCUUCUCCUACACCGGCACCUCCUGGAGGCUCUUCCUGCGGAAGGAGGUCUUCUACCCCAGGGAGAACUUCAGCCACCCCUACUGCCUGCAGCUGCUGUGUGAUCAGAUUCUCCGCGACACCUAUGCUGACUCGUGCACCCGCAUCUCCAGGGAGGAGCGGCGCAAGAUGAAGGAUCUGCUGGCGGAUUUCCAGGUGGGCAUGGAUGCCAGCUCCAUCACUGACGACAGCAUCAAGAAGCGCAUUGUGGUGGCAGCUCGGGACAACUGGAUCAACUACUUCUCUCGCUUUUUCCCUGUCUCGGGGGAGAGUGGCAGCGACGUGCAGUUCCUGGCAGUGUCUCACCGGGGUCUGAGGCUGCUCAAGCUUACGGCAAGCAGCGCCUUCCGGACUGACCCCCUCAAGACCCUCUGCAGCUACAGCUUCGCCGAGGUGCUGGCCGUGGAGGCCCGGGGCAGCACCACCCUGGAGCUGUCGCUGCGGAACGAGCAGCUGGUGCUGCACACACCCCGAGCCCAGGCCGUCCGGGCCACCGUGGAGCUGUUCUUGCAAGAGUUGCGGAAGGACUCAAGCUAUGUCAUCGCCCUGCGCAGUUACAUCACCGACGACCGGAGCCUCCUCAGCUUCCACCGUGGAGACCUCAUCAAGUUGCUGCCCAUGGCCGGGCUGGAGCCAGGCUGGCUGUUCGGCUCCCUCGGUGGCCGCUCUGGAAUUUUCCCGAAUGACCUAGUGCAGCUGGCCGCGGCCCCGGACUACCUCAGCCUCCCGGUGGGCCGGGAGAACAGGAGCCGGGAUAGGAAGCAACUUCCCCAGCCCCAGAGCCGGGUAGCCGGCGGCAACCCCGAUACGGCUGGCUCUGACCACUCGGUCCCGGACCCCGUCUUGCCCGCCGACACCAACCUCUACACCAUGGAAGAGUUUGCCAGGCUCCAUUUCCAGGCGUGCCAGGCCGCCCCAGGCCGGGAGGUGCCCGGAAUGGAGUUGAGAGACCUCAGGAGCAUGGUGUGCUUUGCUAAGGUGCCCCUCCAGCAGUCACUCAUCAGCUUCGCGAACCAGGAGCUGGAGAAGUUGGCUGUGGAGAGCUUCACUGUCGUGAUGCGGUUCAUGGGAGACCAGUCAAAGCCACGGAAUAAAGACGAAUUGGACCUGGCCUACGAGCUGCUCAGGCUGUGCCGGGAGCAGGAGGGCCUGAAGGACGAGAUCUACUGUCAGCUCAUCAAGCAGGUCACCGUCAACCCUAAUCCGGAAAGCUGUGCCCGGGGCUGGCGUCUUCUCAGCCUCCUCACCGGCUACUUCUGCCCUACGGCCACCCUGAUGCCCUAUGUCACCAAAUAUCUGCAGGAUGCUGCCCAGAGCCAAGAGCUGGCUCGGGCCUGCCAGGACCAUCUGCAGUGCACGGUCAAGUACGGGGGCCGCCGGCGCCUUCUCCCCGUGGGCGAGAUGAAGGCCUUCCUGAAGGGACAAGGAGUUCGCCCGCUGGUGAUCUACCUCCCCGGGGGUGUGACCUAUGAGACCAAAAUCCGGACUUUCUCGGUGGUGGCAGAGGUGCGGGAAGAACUGUGUGGGGAGAUGGGCGUCACGGACCCCCAGGAGGUGCAGGAGUUCACCAUCUGCCUGAUCAAGAGCCCAGGGGAGCCAGUGAGGCCGCUGCGGGCCGGCACCAACGUCAACAGCGUCACCCAGGAGGAGGGCGUGACCCUGCACGUCCGGCGACUCACAUGGCACAUGCCCCUGCACUUUGACAACCCCACCUACAUCAGCAUCAUAUACAGCCAGCUGCUGCGGAGUUUCCUGCAGGGGAAGUUGCUGUUCCCUCACGUGACCAACAUGGAAGCCCAGCUGGCCCCACUGGUGGCCAUGCAGCUCCUGAGCCUCGGGGUGCAAGAUCCCUCCUCGGAGCAGGACUUGCUGCGUCACGUCCCCCAGGUGCUACAGACCCAGGUGAGCCUGGCCAUGUUCCGGCCCCAGGUGGCUCAGCAGCUCCGGAAACUGCACGGGCUCUCUCCCGAGCAGGCGAAAAUCCACUUCAUAGAGGCCAUGAAGCACAUGACGCUCUUUGGCUACAACGUGUACCUCAUCUUGCGGCUGAGUGAGCGUAGCCUGCCCGCCCCCUGCCUCCUUGGCUUCAACCACCACCACCUCAUCCUCAUGGAUCCCGCCACCCAGAAGCCGUGCCAUUCCAUCCCGCUGAAGGAGGUGCAGAGGCUGCAGCUGCUGAGCGCCCUGGACAGCGAUGGCAUGCCGGGCCUGGAGGUCAACUACGGCUCGCCGGCCAACCCCAAGACCCUCUGGUUGGAGCUGCCCCAGGCUCAGCAACUGCGGCACGUCCUCGCUUACCUACUGGAGGAGAGUAGUACCCAGCCCUAGGCUGGGCGGCUCAGGGCCCGAGACUCCUUCAGCUUUUGCCCGUUGGGUCCAGACUGCGCCCCUCCCUGCCACAAUACUGUGGCCUGGGAUCCCCCAUCUACCCUCCCCCUUGUGCCCACCCCUGCCCUCCCUAACCCCUCACCACUCAGCGGACCAGCUGCUGCUGCA